AUGCCAUCACCUCCCUCUCCUCCCCACGACUCCGUCUACGCCCAGCUCAUCGCCGCCCUCCAUCCGUCGCCCCCGGUAGUGCUGGAAGUCGAGAUCCUACCCUCGAGCUUCCCGCCCCAACUCUUGCACGAGUCCGCGGCCGUCGGCGUCCCAAAGUCGCUCCUGGUACCACUCUACCUCACAGCUCGCAAGACCUUCUUCGAUCAUGUCUCGUCCCGUGACUCGGACUCCUAUCCCGCAGCGCUGCAAGCGACGGCCGUGAUACUGCUCUUCGAUCCCAACCACCUUACGGCAGCCAACUUCAGGAAGCGGCAUAUCCAGCGCUUCUCCGGCGAACGGAGCGAGAACGACUACAAUGACCGGGAUCUUGGAAACUUGGCAGACGCCGUACGACAUGAGUUAAACUUUCUGGAAAUUCUGGUCACGAGUCCGUUGAGCAAACAUGCCAAAUCUUCUACGCUUUGGGCGCAACGCCUGUGGACUGGGCAGAAUUUCUUCCCGUUAGAUCUGCAAGAGCAUGCAGCUGACGAGGCGAUUCAGGUGAUGAUCACGGGAAAUGGUAUAAAAAGCUUCUGGGACGAGGAAUUGGUAAUUGUGAUGAAGGCUGGAGAGAGGCAUCCGAGUAAUUACUACGCCUGGCAGUAUGCGAGACAGCUCUUCACUUCCAUCCGGUUUGAACAUCCUGGAUUUAAGGAUAGAAGACACGGGGUUAGGGUAUUGCUGUAUGACAGUAUUGGGCUAGUGCAUGGGUGGUGCUUGAUGCAUCCGAGGGAUAUCUCGGGAUGGGCUUUCUUGGUCUUCCUGCUUGAGCAGCUGCGCGAUGAAGGUUGCGACGAAGGGGACAAGACAAAGGUAUCUGAAGAUGAAAUAUUGAUAUCUGCAUCGGAGACCAAAGAAUUUGCAAAAAAAUAUGAGUGGAAGGGAGAGAGUAUCGAGUGGUUCCUGAAGGCCAUGAAAACGCUGGAUAUCGACGAUUGA